GAUCCAGACCAGGUCUAAACCGAGACUCCAGCAGAUCAUGAUGACCGCCUCCAGCACUUCAGUGAGCGCUGUGUGGAUGCUGCUGUGCUCGCUGGCGCUCCCGGUGGUGUCCUCGCCGCUCUGCACUGGGCCUGUGUGUCCUGUGGCGUCUUUGGCAAAUUUGUUUGACCGUGUGAUCCAGCACUCCGCCCGUAUGCACGCCAUCUCCACCAGCCUCCACCAGGACUUUGAGCAGCAGGUGGCGCCGAGCAGAAACCACAUCGGCCGAGUCAACAGGAACUGCCACACCUCCUCCAUCCUCACGCCCAACGACAAAGAGAACGCCCAACGCAUGACGAGGGAGGAGCUGACGGAGGUGAUCCUGAAGCUCCUCGUCGCCUGGAGGGAGCCGCUGUGGCACUUUGAGCAGAGACUGAGGCCCCAGAGCCUGGAGACCUCAGACCGAGCGGCGCAGGUCGGACGAAUGGUCCACGAAGUACGAUCCGGCGUCCAGAGGGUGGCGCAGAAGAUGCAGAUGUUGGGAAUGAUCGGGAAUUUCGUGAGCGGCCUGUCGUCUCCCGAGGCCCAGGCUCCUUCAGAAAGCUCAGAGUGGCAGCUCCUCCAGAACUGGGACCUCCUGCACUGCCUCCGACGAGACGCCAACAAAGUCCAGAACUACCUGAAGAUCCUCAAGUGUCGGAUAGUGCCCGAGUACGGCUGCUAGGGACACGGGACGGAGGGAGGAGAGAGGGGAGGUGAAAGAGGG